AUGUGGCACCAUACUUUAAUAAGUGUUCUCAUCCUGAUGGUUCAUUUGCAAUGGACUUUGGCAGUUCCUGUAAACCUUAUUCAAGAUGGGAGUGAGCCACCAAUGAACUAUGACCCAGAAAUUCGCUUGGGUGAGACCGAACUUCCACCGGUGAUUCAGAAGCGACAGCUACCUCCGAUUGAGGUCAUGUAUGAAAUAGUAAACCAGUAUUUCACAUUUCCAUCUGAAGCGACAUCUUAUCCGAACGCCACAACGGACAACGAAGUUUCACAAUCAGGUCACAAUCAUUCAAGGCAACCAGAACAGCAGAAACACGAAUCGGAACAGCCUCACCUGGAUACUGUGCAGUGGCAGAGCCGAAGAAAAGCGGAAAAAAUGGAACACGGUGCAGAUCGAUUCAAUACUCAACCACACCCAACAACAACACCACCCACCGUGAUUACUCCUACCGGACCAUUCGAAAAUCUGCUUAAUCCCGCUUCUGUCUUGCCGAUGGACAACGAAACCGAGGAAAUUGUCGAGGAUUAG